AUGAAUUCAGACUAUGUAUUCAUUGAGGGAUAAGCAACGUUAAAUUUCAAAUAAUUUGAAACGAUUCAAAGCCACUUCGCAGUUUAAUUUUCUUAUGAAACUAUACAAAUUAAUAUUAUAAAAGAUCAUUUUAGAAGUUUUGAAUUCUGUAAGCAAAUUCGCAUUAUUGAUUGCUUGACGUUCGUAACAACUGAAAUAGAAUACAAAUUCUAUAUAGAAUUUUUAAAUAUUUUAAAGUAAUAUUAUUGACAUUUAGUUAAUAAUUUUAUCCAAAAGUUAUGGCUGUUGUAGGAAUUAAUGGAUUCGGAAGAAUAGGUAGAAUGUGCUUACGUACUUGCAUAGAAAAGGAUAUAACGGUUAACUUGAUUAACGAUCCAUAUAUUUCAACUGAUUACAUGAUAUAUUUGUUUAAAUACGAUUCAACUCAUGGAGCUUAUCCUUUGAAAUUGGAAUGCGAAGAUGGACAUAUUAUUAUUGCAGAUAAGAAGAUCGCUACGUCGCAAGAAAAGCAUCCAUGUAAAAUAAAUUGGAAAGGUGCGGGUGUAACGUAUGUAAUCGAUGCUACAGGAGUAUUCAAUACUAUAGAAAAAGCAAGCUUACAUAUGGAUGGUGGAGCGAAAAGGGUAGUAAUUACCGCACCCUCGAUCGAUGCACCGAUGAUGGUUUAUGGUGUAAAUCAUACUUGUUACGAGUCGUCGAGAAGUAAAGUAGUAUCAGCCGCCUCCUGUACGACAAAUUGUGCAGCCCCCAUUAUUAAAGUAAUGCACGAUAAAUUUGAAGUUAUUGAAGUAAUGAUCAGCAGCGUGCACGCUUUGACAUCAAUGCAAAGAACUUUAGAUGGUCCUAUAGAAAAAGGAAAGCUAUGGAGAAAUGGUAGGGGUGCACUUCAAAAUAUCAUUCCAACAUCUUCAGGUGCGGCUAAAUCGUUAGACAAAAUUAUUCCUGACCUUAAAGGAAAAAUUUCCGCGAUUGCUUUCAGGGUACCAAUCUCGAAUGUUUCUUUAUGCGAUAUGACCUUUAGAGUUAACAAACCAGUGACAUAUGAAGAAAUAAAGGAAGCAAUGAAAUCAGCAUCGGAAAACGAAUUAAAGGAUAUAUUAGGAUAUACAGAAGAGGAUUGCGUAUCAUCUGAUUUUAAUAACACGUGUUAUUCAUGCGUUUUUGACGCUAAAGCUGGGAUUCCCCAAACAAGCACGUUCAUUAAAAUUAUUGCGUGGUAUGACAAUGAAUAUGGUUAUGCGCAUCGUGUGACGGAUUUGAUAAAAUAUAUGCAUCGAGUCGAUUCUGGUGAUGUACCAGUAGCUUCAGAGAAUGUAGAAAAAACCGAAGAUGAAUAAUUUGUUAAUUAGUAAGAAUAUAUUAUAAAACUAUAUAUUUUUAAUAUUUUACAUAAAAGGAAAUUAUUGCUAUAAGUUUUAUGAUUUCUAUCGAUUUUAUUUCUCUUAAUACCUCUUCUUCUGGAAAAGUAAAGAGUAAAUUUACAAAAUAUAUGUGCGUAAAUAUCGUUUUAUUCAGUUUUUUAAC